UCCACUGGUGCUGUCAAUUCAACUUCAUCAACUCCCAACCACCAGAAACAAAUUCACUUGCUCACUCACUCCAAACCGCCUCAGAACCUCACUUCAUACCAACCAUCAUCAUCAUGCCUCUCGUAGUUCCCGGUCUCCAGUCCAACGACGGCGGCAAGACGAGCGAGUGGAUGAACAAGCUCGUAGGAAAGAAGAUUGGCAACACCUCGGAUGAGACUACCUUUGCCAAAACCGAUCUCCCAGAACAACACCGCGUAGUCAAGCCAGGAGAUAUGACGACUAUGGACCACAACCCCAACAGAUUGAAUGUGCAUACUUCCGAAGACGGGACUGUCGAGAAGGUUACACACGGUUGAAGAAGGUAGAAUGCUCUCAUGAGCCUGCCUGCCUGUCUGUCUCGUGUGAAAGAAAUUGCAUGCGUGGGAGUAGGAUGAGGGGGGCACGGCAUAGCAUGAUGAAUGAAUGAACGACUGGGGGAAUGAUGAAUAUGCCAGCCAACGAGCGUAGACUCCCCGAUAAUGAAAGUAGCCUGGUGGUGGAUAUUGCAGUUUCCAUCAAGUUCGUCCCGGAGUUAGGGGCCUAAUUCCAACAUUUCUU